AUGGCGUUUUGUGAAACGGCGCAGUCGGCGGCGGUCCAGCGUCAAAUCAAAUCCACAGGCAGCAGCAACCACAGUCCAUCGAGGUAUGUACAUGGCUCCGUCAUCUUCGCCGUCCACUUGCAUCGAACAUCCGUCGCAGGAAGACGCGUGCAGACACUGGUGGCGCCUCCAGCCGUGCAAAUCUGGGACAACUGCCUCCAUCCACUACAGUACCUCCUCUUGGAAUUGGAUACUCGUCUAAUCCGCUUAAACGCGUCCACGCCGACCACCAGCGCCCCCAAGACCACUCCGCGCCUUCGCCCUCUUCGUUGCCUGCCCAACAAACUCAAAUAA